UUUUGCUGGUGGAUGGAGAAUGCUUGCCAGUCAGUCGUCAACGACCGACUUCAACAGUCUCGGUGCUGAGCAGCUGUCUUUGGCAGUUGCGUCAUCGAUUACUCGGUCAAGUCAGGUAAAUAAAAUGGUGAAGUGGGAAGUGCCAACGAGGAGUUGACGUGAAAGUGAUUAGGAAGAUUAAGAAGAAAUAAUACGAGUAAUAAUAAAUAAACUGGAGGAAAAUAAAGUUGAAUAUUUUGGUGGAUUUCGUGUGAAGUUGUGAGAUCGAAAAAUCAGUAUUUAGGUGGCUGUGAAGAAUAACUUAUAAUGGACCCUUAUUCACUGAGUGUGGAGCGAGAGGCGUCGAAGAAUAUAGAGGAAAACGAGAGAGAGUGCUUCAAGGAUGCUAUUGUCUCCAGCAGAAGUCUGAAUAAAGGCUUCGUGGAACCUACACGUCUGAAAAAUGCCAUUCCCGAGAUCACAGCGUGCGUCCUGGCCGCGACUUUCCACAUCGUCGUGGGCCUCAGUAUGGCCUACUCUGCUAUUUUAAUCCCCAAAAUAGAAAUAAAUAACGAGACUGUCAUCGACGCCAACAGCACGGAGUUGUGGGCUACCAAAGCUGAAACAUCCUGGAUUGCAAGUGUAGUUGUAAUCGCAGCCCCCCUGGGAUCCCUGCUGGGUGGUUUCCUCAUGGAAACGGUGGGACGUCUUCGAACAUUGCAAAUUGGAACGAUUCCCUGCGUUGUUGGAUGGAUUCUCAUAGCUACAGCUACCAAUGUCCCCAUGAUUCUGGUGGGUAGAGUUCUAGCAGGGCUGUCAACAGCUCUAGGAACUUCACCAGCAAUUGUCUACAUAACAGAAGUAGCAAGACCAGAGCUCAGAGGCUCUCUGAUGUCAUUUGGGCCGACCCUAGCAUCAUUUGGAAUGGUUCUGGUUUAUCUGAAGGGUACAUUCCUGGAUUGGCGUCUUGUUGCUUGGCUGAGUAUCAUUUAUGCUGUCGUCCCAGUGUUCGUAAUCCAAGUGUUCGUUCCUGAAUCCCCAGUAUGGCUUGUGUCCAAGGGGCGAAAUGAUGAAGCCAAAAAAGUAUUAGAAUGGCUUUACAAGUCAGAUGUUCAAUAUGGAAAAAUACCAGCUGCCGAGCAGCAUUACACGACCAUUACGAAGGAGAAUGAGAUCAAAUUGAGUGAACGAAGGAGAAGUAAACAUGGGGGUGCCAGCAGCAAAGUCAGAGCUUUCUUCAAACCCACUGGCUGGAAGCCACUGCUCAUUCUCUUUCUUCUGUUUUUAUUUCAACAGUUCUCGGGAAUUUAUAUCACUUUAUUUUAUGCUGUCACUUGGUUUGUGGAAGCUGGAGCUAAGAUUGAUCCGUACACCUGCUCGACUUUUGUCGGUCUAACUAGAUUCUUUUGCUCAAUGGUGAACACCUGGCUGCUGAGGAGAUAUAAGAGACGAGUUCUGUGCAUCAUAUCAGCUCUGGGGAUGGCCCUGUGUAUGGGACUCUCUGGGUACUUCACUUUGGUCAUUAAGAGGGAUAAAAUCGAGAAUGAUCCUAGGGCUAUUGGACCUGUCAUUUGUCUGCUGCUUUAUGUUUGCACUUCCAUGAUUGGAAUGCUGACAAUUCCCUGGACAAUGACUGCUGAACUUUUUCCUACUGAAAUACGAGGAAUUGCUCAGUCAAUCAGUUAUGCUAUGGCCAAUACACUUAUGUUUGCGGCUGUACAGAGUUUCAGGAGUUUAACUGACUUCUUGGGGGGAUCAUAUGCAAUCCAGUGGUUUUUCGCUGGGGUUUCAGUUGGUGCUGCUGUUUUCGUGUGGCUCUUACUCCCCGAAACCCAUGGCAAAAAGUUAUCUGAGAUUGAAGAAUACUUCCAUACAAAUUUCUUUGCAGCUGGGGCUGAUGCUAAAGCUAAAAAACAUCGUGCCCAGAAACGGGCCCAACAGAAGGCCCAGAAUCAAGCCUCUGUUCCAUUAAAUCCCAAACGUGCUGAUCAUGUUUGAGAAAUUGGGGAUAUGACUUUAAGAAAUUGUCUGAAUAACAUGAAAGUACAAUAGAGAAUUCGUGCUGCCCUGUAAAUUAGUCUAAGGUUGUUUUUCAGAAUAUUUCUCGGUCUAUCCAAUGAUUUAUCAAUUUUAAACUCUUCUCGUAGGUAAACAAUGAUAAGUAUUAGAUGAAAAGACCCCUUUCUCGUGGAGAAAAUGGUGAAGAAUUUAUUUUAUAGGUUUUUCAGAUUCAAAUGAUUGCAAUUCAUCCGUGAAGUGGCCUUCCUUAGGAGAGAUAUUAAGAUUUUAUUUUCAUUCAAGCUUUUUUUGAUGGUGUAAUUUACUUAACCAAUAAUAAUUAUUGUUCAUUUCUCUUGUGGGUAAGAUCUUCACGUAAUUUUAUAUUUUGUUUAUCUGAAUUUUUAUACUGCAAAAUUAUAUGACUUUUCGACAAAAUUAUUAUCUGACAAUAUUACGCUCAUUGAUCAAUCAUGUAUUUGAGUAAUAAAAAUGCUUUAUUGAUUUUUAUAA